AAAGGGCCAGGUGUAGUGACUCACACCUGUAAUCCCAGCACUUUGGGAAGCCAAGGCAGGAGGAUUGCUUGAACCCAGAAGUUUGAGACCAGCCUGGGCAACGUGGUGAGACCCUGUCUCUACAAAAAAAUAUAAAAAUUAGCUGGGCGUUGUGGUGAGCACCUACUUCUUAGGAAGCUGAGGCAGGAGGAUCACCUGAGGCCAAGGAGGUUGAGACUGCAGUGAGCUGUGAUCAUACCACUGUACUUCAGCCUGGACAUCAGAGUGAGACCCUAUCUCAAAAAAAGAAAAUAGAAAAGAAAGAAAAUCAAAGGGAAGCAAAAUCACUCACUCUCACUACCUCAAGAUACCCUCUAUAAGUUGGUAUUUUAGUGUGGUUCCUAUUGUUUUCUGUGUCAGUUCUCCGAUUUGAGCAAAAUCUUUGGGAUGUCAAACUUAAAACCCCCUUUACUUCCUUGGAAACCCUGUAGCAUUAGCCCAGACAUGUCCCUACUCCUCCUUGUGGCAAAGAGAAAGAUCUCGUCUUUGGUCCCCAGAGUUCUGGCCUAAGCCUCCCUCCAGGAGGGAAGAUGAGUGUUCAGACACUCAGAGUACCUGGGGGAGACACAGGCCUGUGAAAUUAUCCUGGUUCAACUAUUAGGCCGGCAGAAUCCCAGUGAAGGGAGCCCUACCUCUGAGCCCCAUCUAAGCUUUGGCUAUGGGUGGGGCAGAUAAGCAGGAAUCCAUCCCUAUAGGCUCAAUGCCAACACCCUUAGGUGAAACUCUUGAUGAAACUUGAGGCCAGGGCUCCAGCAAGCAGGGAAAGAACGUUGGCAACAGAGGUCUCCAUCUCUGAGGACUCUGCCAGGGGUCAGAGGUGGGGCAAUGGUCAAAAGGAAGGAACAGGCCAGGCACAGUGGCUCAUGCCCAUAAUCCCAGCACUUUGGGAGGUUGAGGCAGGAGGAUCGCUUGAGCUCAGGAGUUUGAGACCUGCCUGGGCAAUGUAGUGAGAUCUGCUCUCUAUUUUAAAAAAAAGGAAGGAACAAGGAAACUUCUGAGAGACAGGCUGGGGGAGGCAUCACGUAGCUGGAAUUGCUGCCCCAUAAAACAGAAUGGUAUGUGUCACUGCCACCUCCCUUUCUCAGUCCUCUCUCUCCCCAGGUUGCUAGCGUCCCCCCUGGGGGAUCAAACUGGACUGCUUCCCAGCCUCAGACAGAGAGCAGUCUGAGUCAGGCAGGAAAGUGGGACAGCCGGGGAGCUGGACCCCACCCUCUGUGAGCCCCGCUGGUACCUGAUGGCAUGUGGCUUGGAGAGGGCAGGUGACCUGGCGUGGAGGGCCAGAGGGUAAAUCCUCAAACAAGUGGCAACAGGCCACCAACUUGAAAGGGAAAAUUGUGUAGUGAUGGGAAAUGUGUCCAACAAACCUACUGGGUGACUAAUUACAAAGGCUGGGCUGGAGCUUCAGAGGCUGCUUGUUAAACACUUCAUUAAGCGGUACUCUGAAAGCUGCCACCUGCGCAUUGGGGGAGCUCAGAGGGGACCCUGAGGGGGAAUGAGGCCUGGAGGAUGGAACCAUCUUCAGGUAGACUGAGAAGGAGCGUGGAUCUCACUUCCAAACAGUCUGGAGCUCAUAGGUCAGAGGCCUCAAUGGGAGAAAAGCUAAAGGAAGCAGGGUGCAGAAAGGAGUUUCAGGGAAUUGGUGGCUAUGUGACUUUGAGCAAAUCUCACCCCUCUCUGAGACUUAGUGUUCCCAUCUCUAUGGUCCUGUGUGUGUCACAGAGACAUGGUGGGGAUUAAAUUCAAUCGUGAAUAUGAAAGUGCUUGGGAAACUCCAUGGCCCUACCUAAACAUGAGUUAUCCUCACCUGAACCAAGCGGGGAGGUUACCUGGCAGGAUUAGGAACCCCAUCCUCCUGAACCUUUAUGGGCUCUGUCGAGGCUGAAGCCACCAGGGGCUAAAGCCGUCCUUAGCCCCUGGAAGGGCACUGUGAAAGUGGAUCUGAUUUGAGAAGCCGUUUCCUGAUGUGGGCAGCCAUGUGAUGCCAGCCCCGAACAAGAGGGGACAGCCUGGAGCCUGGAAAGGUGCCAGUGCAGGUGGGGCCCACGCCCAGAUUUCUCCUGCUGACUGUUCUGAUGAUUCACCCCCACAUCCCAGCCUUUUUACCUUUACUGCAGAGCCGGAAAGGGUGUGGGGAGGAGAAGAGAGGGAGGCAGGUCUUGGGCCCUGGUCCCGCCCCCUGCUCCUCCCCACCCUUCUCUGGGCCUGGCCACCCAGCCAAAAGGCAGGCCAAGAGCAGGAGAGACACAGAGUCCGGCAUUGGUCCCAGGCAGCAGUUAGCCCGCCGCCCGCCUGUGUGUCCCCAGAGCCAUGGAGAGAGCCAGUCUGAUCCAGAAGGCCAAGCUGGCAGAGCAGGCCGAACGCUAUGAGGACAUGGCAGCCUUCAUGAAAGGCGCCGUGGAGAAGGGCGAGGAGCUCUCCUGCGAAGAGCGAAACCUGCUCUCAGUAGCCUAUAAGAACGUGGUGGGCGGCCAGAGGGCUGCCUGGAGGGUCCUGUCCAGUAUUGAGCAGAAAAGCAACGAGGAGGGCUCGGAGGAGAAGGGACCCGAGGUGCGUGAGUACCGGGAGAAGGUGGAGACUGAGCUCCAGGGCGUGUGCGACACCGUGCUGGGCCUGCUGGACAGCCACCUCAUCAAGGAGGCCGGGGACGCCGAGAGCCGGGUCUUCUACCUGAAGAUGAAGGGUGACUACUACCGCUACCUGGCCGAGGUGGCCACCGGUGACGACAAGAAGCGCAUCAUUGACUCAGCCCGGUCAGCCUACCAGGAGGCCAUGGACAUCAGCAAGAAGGAGAUGCCGCCCACCAACCCCAUCCGCCUGGGCCUGGCCCUGAACUUUUCCGUCUUCCACUACGAGAUCGCCAACAGCCCCGAGGAGGCCAUCUCUCUGGCCAAGACCACUUUCGACGAGGCCAUGGCUGAUCUGCACACCCUCAGCGAGGACUCCUACAAAGACAGCACCCUCAUCAUGCAGCUGCUGCGAGACAACCUGACACUGUGGACGGCCGACAACGCCGGGGAAGAGGGGGGCGAGGCUCCCCAGGAGCCCCAGAGCUGAGUGUUGCCCGCCACCGCCCCGCCCUGCCCCCUCCAGUCCCCCACCCUGCCGAGAGGACUAGUAUGGGGUGGGAGGCCCCACCCUUCUCCCCCAGGCGCUGUUCUUGCUCCAAAGGGCUCCGUGGAGAGGGACUGGCAGAGCUGAGGCCACCUGGGGCUGGGGAUCCCACUCUUCUUGCAGCUGUUGAGCGCACCUAACCACUGGUCAUGCCCCCACCCCUGCUCUCCGCACCCGCUUCCUCCCGACCCCAGGACCAGGCUACUUCUCCCCUCCUCUUGCCUCCCUCCUGCCCCUGCUGCCUCUGAUCGUAGGAAUUGAGGAGUGUCCCGCCUUGUGGCUGAGAACUGGACAGUGGCAGGGGCUGGAGAUGGGUGUGUGUGUGUGUGUGUGUGUGUGUGUGUGUGUGUGUGAGUGUGUGCGCGCGCGCGCCAGUGCAAGACCGAGAUUGAGGGAAAGCAUGUCUGCUGGGUGUGACCAUGUUUCCUUUCAAUAAAGUUCCCCUGUGACACUCCUGUCUCUCUUC